AUGCUCUUCAGUGUGGCAGCUGUUGUAUCAAAUGGUAAUCUGAUCAUUUCGUCCAAUAUGGGGAUUGGUGAGUGCAUUUUAGCCUUCACCACUUCUAAAUUGAAGGAUGUGAGAAUUGAGGCUCUUGAGGCAUCAUCAACUGUUAUGCGAUCGGAUGGCUUCGAGUACCUUAAAGAAAACUGCCCAUCACUUCAGUCAGAGCUCCUGAAGACAGUGGCAGGUUGUGAGGAGGAUUGCAGCAGCGGAGGUGGAAAGUCUCGUAGCGUGUGGGCUCAACUUUCAGAUGGUGGUGAUACCAAUGGCAGGAGGGUGAGGCAAAGGACGUGA